AUGGAAGGGGAGGAAGAAAAGGAAGGUCAAUCUGGUAACGAGUAUCUAGAUCAUUGCUAUGAGGAAGAAGAACCGGAAGAAUUGGAAAAACCUAUAAUUGAGUUUGUAUUAAGCGAGGAGGCAAAAGCAAUGUUUCGCUUUUCUGAAUUAAGACGGCAACGACUUGCGGAAGCAAAAGCAAAAGCAGAUGAUGAUCAAGAUUCCAAUUCAUCUUCAAAUAAUGAUCUCAUUGACUCGAGCCCUUGGCCGGAUCCUACGCUUAUCCCGUCAUUCCAUCAUCAGCCUAGCAUAGAAUCUAAGGAAUUCUAUGGAGAUUCUUAUACAUUAAUCAAUACAUUAGAAGCAGCGGUAAAUUCCACAUUUGCCCAAAGUUUUGAUAAAUCUAAUCAAGACGAUGUUGUCUAUUGGCCUGUAUUACCUUUAAGAUAUGUUUAA